AUGUCAACCACCAACGGAAAUAUAUGGGCAGGCGCCGGCACGCCCGAAGCAAUGCAGGUGAUAGAGAGGUUCUACACCCUGCUAGACGCCGAAACGCCCGAGGCAGCAAAGGAAAUGAGCCAGAUUUGUACCGAAGACGCAGUGUUUAUAACCCCAGGACAGACAUUCAAAGGCCGUCACGAAAUAUACACCCAGCGACUCGGAUUCUGGGAGGCAUUCCCAGGUAUCAAACAUGAGCCACUCCGUGUCUAUGUCUCCCCCUCCUCGCCGCUGGAUGUCGUUGUGGUUAACAGCGUCCUCUUUCCCACAAAGGAUGGCCAGGGUACCACGUACACAGCAGCAAAUUGGACUCUUGCUGAGAGCGACGGGGCCUAUCUGGUUCAGAAACUUGAGCUCUUCUUGAAUCCAGCAGCGUUUGGCUGGUCAUGA